CACUCCUCGCCAUGGGCCCCGUCCUCCUCGGUCCUCCCAUCAUCCGCGGCGCUCGCCCGGCCACCGACACCGACGCCCCCGCCUCCCACCCCUUCCUCGACCUCCUCGACGCCGGCUUCAACGACGACGCGCCGGACGCCGCCAAGGCGCCGCGCAAAGCCUUCACCGAGAACGGCUCCGCCACCUACGCCGGCUCCGGGAACCCCUGCCUGGAUCUCUUCUUCCAGGUGGUUCCCGGCACGCCGGCCUACCGCGUGCGGGAUCUCGUCGCCGCCGCCUGGGCGCGCGACCCGCUCACGGCGCUCAAGCUCGUCGCCAACCUCCGCGGCGUGCGCGGCACGGGCAAGUCGGACCGCGACGGGUUCUACGCCGCCGCGCUCUGGGUGCACGAGCGCCACCCGCGCACGCUCGCCUGCAACGUCCCCGCGCUCGCCGAGUUCGGCUACCUCAAGGACUUCCCCGAGCUGCUCUACCGCCUCCUCCACGGCGCCGACGUCCGCGCCGUCGCCAAGGCCAGGGCCGACGCCGAGAAGGGGCGCCGGGCCGUCAAGGUUCGCCUCGCGCGUUUCGCCAUCCGGAGGCAGCGUGUCCUCGAGUUCCGCGCCGCCACCACGGUCCCGCGACCGCGAGGCCCCACGCUCUCCGACUACGUGACCGCCGCGCUCUCCAAGACCAAGACCAAGACCAAGAAGGCCAAGCGGAGCAGGAAGGCGGCAGCCGUGGCCCCGGUGGACACGGAGGAGGCGAUGGAGGUGGAGCAGAAACCCGAGGCGACGGAGGUGGCGGAGAAGCUUGAGGCGAUGGAGGUGGAUCAGAAGGCGGCACCACAGCCACCGCAGGAGGAGGUGCCCGCGACGAAGAAGAAGGUCAUCUCCAAAAAGGUGCGGAAGGCGGCCAAGCUGGCCGUGCAGUCGCUGGAGACGUACUACGGCGACCGCGCCUACCGCUUCCUGUUCGACUGCAUCGCCGAGUUCUUUGCCGACCUCCUCGCCUCCGACCUCAAGCAGCUCGCCCCUGGCGGCAAGAAGAGGAAGAUCGGGCUCGCCGCCAAGUGGUGCCCCACGCCGGGCUCGUCGUUCGACCGGUCGACGCUGCUCUGCGAGGCCGUCUCCCGCCGCCUCUUCCCGCGCGACUCCAACCCGGACUACGCCGACCUGUCGGAGGAGCACUACUCCUACCAGGUGCUCCACCGCCUCCGCCGCGAGGUGCUGGUGCCGCUGCGCAAGGUCCUCGAGCUCCCUGAGGUGUACAUGAGCGCCCAGCGGUGGUCCGACCUGCCCUACACCCGCGUGGCCUCGGUGGCUAUGAGGCGCUACAAGGCCCUGUUCAAGAAGCACGACGAGGCGCGCUUCGGCAAGUACCUCGAGGACGUGGCGGCGGGCAAGGCCAAGAUCGCGGCGGGAGCGCUGCUGCCCCACGAGAUCGCGGCCGCGGCCUACGCCGGCCUGAAGGACGACGUGUCGGAGCUGCAGUGGCGCCGCAUGGUCGACGACCUCCGCGAGAAGGGCUCGCUGAGCAACUGCAUCGCCGUCUGCGACGUGUCCGGGAGCAUGACCGGCACGCCCAUGGAGGUGUGCGUCGCGCUGGGCUUGCUCAUCUCGGAGCUCAGCGAGAAGCCAUGGGCGGGCCGGGUGAUCACGUUCAGCGAGAGACCGGAGAUCCACGAGAUCAAAGGCGACACCCUCCAGGAGAAGCUGAGCUUCGUUCGAACAAUGGAAUGGGGUUGUAGCACCAACUUCCAGGGGGUGUUCGACAGGAUCCUCAGCACGGCGGUGGACGCCCGGCUGGCACGGGAGAAGAUGAUCAGGACCGUGUUCGUGUUCAGCGACAUGGAGUUCAACGAGGCGUCGGCUUACAGCAGGUGGGAGACGGACUACGAGGCCAUCUGCCGCAAGUUCCAGGAAGCCGGGUACGGCGACGUGGUGCCACAGAUCGUGUUCUGGAACCUGCGGGACUCGCUAUCCACGCCCGUGACAUCGACGCAGCCAGGGGUCGCGAUGGUGAGCGGCUUCUCGAAGAACUUGGUUAAGCUGUUCUUGGAGAACGAUGGCGUGGUGAACCCGGAGGCUGUCAUGGAGGCAGCGAUCGCCGGCAAGGAGUACCAGAAGCUUGCCGUGUUUGAUUGAUCAAGGCAUAGGUGAUCGGUGCCGUGAGGAGUGGUCUUUGGGAGUGUCUGCAGAAUUUUAGGGGAGGAUAGCACUCGAUUUCUGAACGGCCUUUAGAGUUUAGAGCCUCUGGUUGCCCCUUUCUCCAGUUCAAUUAGGUGCUUCAUGAAAAUAAAAUUGUUUCCCUAAUUUGUGCCUGUUCAUGUAGGCUUUUCUACUUUCGCUUUUAUCUAUACAAAC